CAUUGCUGUGUACAGCCUAUGCCAAACUAUUGGGCAGGUUCUGUAUGUAGAUGAAACAGUUAACUAUACGCAGACAUUUUCUCACAGGCGUGUGAGCCAGUUCUGACCCUACAAUAUUCACUCAUGCCAGUCAUUCAGCCAAAGCCUCAUUCAUCUGUGCUGUUUGCAUUGAAAGGGAAGCUCAUGUUAUUAAAGGGAUUCUGCUUUUAAACAGGUGACCAUUACAGGCUACCUGCCAGUUAGUUGCUAUGGGUUACUAGACCUGGAGCACUCCAGCAGAUACAUGAAAUCUCAAUGAUGAUAGGUAUUCCCCGGUAUCAUGGAAUGACACAGGUUGCUGAGGAUUGGCUGCUCAGUGAGUGGCAGAGCCCGAUGUGCCAAGCAGGCUAUGGACAUGCCUUCCACAUCCAAAAAGCUCCACUGUCAAACUGUUUAAUGGAGAAGAGCUUAAAAGCCCCACGUUACAUAACCCUCGUGGCAGGGGUAGAGGCCAGGCAGCAGCAGCUGAGGGGAGAAGCUGUGUGUAUAUUUCCAGGCCUGCAAACAGCUCAAGCGCAAAGGGCUGCCAGAUUAAGGGAGGAUAAGGCUUCUCUGGAACCUAAAUCCACCUUACUUUCUACCUGAAAUAGCAACGUUGGCAUCACGUCUCCUAAUUCCUUCUGGCUGCCAUGGUAACCAAGCCACUCUCCCAGACCCCUCCUAGAAUAAGCCCAUUCGCUUUCCAGCCCAGGGAAGGGAGGGGGGCAGAGGGAUGGGGACUGCUUGUGCUCUCCCUCCUCUCCCAUUCACACUGAAUCCUCCCUUAUUUUUCUAGAAUGGAUGGCUGUGCUAAUGGGAAAACAGCUGCCCUAGUACAAAUAAUGAUGAGCUGCAUCAGCAGCACAUGAACCCUCUGCAGCAGCAGCCUACGGGGCAGUGCACUCUGGCCACCCCAGGGACGUGGGCACCUCCAGGGCACCACCUAAGCACCUCUUGCCUGCAGGAGUACCAGGGAAACCAGACGUCUGGGCACCUUUUGAGAAGGCUCAAGUGUUUAAUGCAGACUUGUCAUUGUCAAGGAGGCUAAAGUGACAUUGCAGUUAAUCCUGCUGCUGUACCAUGUGACCCAGGCCGUAACUUAUUUCCCUGCUGAGCCAUCAUCCACACAUUAACUGGAUGCUUUGUUCUGGCUGGAUACCCUCUCCACGACUAAGAACUUUGGAUAUGGACAACUAGGUGCGUGGAAACCUCUGGAGGAUGAAACAGAUAAGGGGGGUAUCCAUUAUUAUGCUCAUCAACCAUCCAAAAGGAGCUGCUUCAACGCCAACGUGAGCACAUCUGUCCACUAUAAUUGUGAGUGCCAGGCUGACUGCCCAUUGCAGAUCAAUUUCUACCUAUCAAGAGACUUUUGAAUUGUGAACAAGAGACAUUUUAAACUGUACAACAUCUUAUGACUAUAUCUGGGUUUUUUUUCAUAUUGCUUGGCUUGUCAAGACUAAUUAUAUAUAUAUUACAUAGUUAAUUUGGGUUGAAAAAAGAUAAAAGUCCAUCAAGUUUAUCAUAUCAUUUGACUUUGUCUACGUGCACGGUGCACGACAGGAGUCCAAAUGUUGACCAUGACGGCAAUGUACAUGAAUGGAGGGGGGGUGGGCAAUCCGCGGUAUGCCCGGUGGAACCGGCAGGACAGCCUGGAGGACUACGUCCGGUCCGAGUGCUAUGAGCAGGAUGCAGAAGGGAAGCAGCGCAAGCUCACGCCCUUCGAAAAGCUCACCCAAGACAUGUCACGUGAUGAGAAGACUGUCAAGGAACUGACCCUGGGCAAGAGAAUUGGCCUUUACCGAAUGCGCGGAGAAAUAGGGAGUGGCAAUUUCUCACAAGUGAAGCUCGGCAUUCACGUCUUGACUAAAGAAAAAGUUGCUAUAAAAAUCCUAGAUAAAACCAAGCUGGACCAAAAAACCCAGCGCCUGCUGUCCCGUGAGAUCUCCAGCAUGGAGAAGUUGCACCACCCCAACGUGAUCAGACUCUAUGAAGUUGUGGAGACCUUGUCUAAGCUGCACCUUGUGAUGGAGUAUGCGGCGGGCGGUGAGCUCUUUGCCAAAAUAAACACUGAGGGGAAAUUAUCGGAAUCAGAAAGUAAAGUCAUCUUCUCUCAGAUACUGUCUGCUGUCAAGCACAUGCACGACAACCAAAUCAUCCACAGGGACCUUAAAGCUGAAAAUGUAUUCUAUACCAGCAACACCUGUGUAAAGGUGGGAGACUUUGGAUUCAGCACGAUAAGCAAAAAAGAUGAAACCCUGAACACUUUUUGUGGUUCUCCGCCCUAUGCCGCCCCUGAGCUUUUUCGUGAUGAACACUACGUUGGUGUUUUUGUUGAUAUCUGGGCUUUGGGCAUACUCCUGUACUUCAUGGUGAGUGGCAGUAUGCCAUUCCGAGCAGAUACUGUGGCCAAACUGAAAAAGUGCAUUCUUGAUGGAACAUACACCAUACCUCCUUAUGUGUCAGAACCGUGCCAGAAACUAAUCAAGGGGAUGCUACAGCCUAUCCCUUCGGACAGGUGCAGCAUCGAUUACAUCAUAAACAGCGAAUGGAUGAAUGGGAUACAAUACCCCAAGCCAUUGGAACCACUAAAACUAGAUCCCAAACAUCUCUUUGAUGGAACUCCACUGAAGGACGAAGACUCAGAGGUGAAGAACAUUUUAGAUAAUUUGGGCAUCACAGAAGAACAUAUUAUUAACAAUCGGGGAAAAGACUCCCGCAGCUCCAUAACUGGAAUAUACAGGAUCAUUCUUCACAGGGUCCAGAAGAAAAGAGCGGUGGAGAGUGUCCCAAUCAUCACAAACCCAGAACCAAAAGAAAAGUACAUGAAGAGGCCUCACAGAACACACCGGGAAAUAAGGCAUACCUCUAAAUUUUGUACCAUUUUAUAAAUUGCAUUGCUUUGUGUAAUGAACAGGUGACCUUGUCCUUAGGCACUUGCUUUUGUAACUUUUAUAUUUGACUUGAUGCCUUUUCUGAUACUGGCAGAUCUUUUUAAAGGACUAAGUUGUCCCCAAACAUUUUCCUUUAUAAAAAUUUGCUGGAAGGUAUAGCCCAUCAGUGAAUCUGGUGUGCCAAUAUUAGCAUUUGUAAGUACAGGUUGCUAGGUGUGAACAUUGUCUGGGAAAACUCAAGUUUACUAACUGGGGCUAGCAAUCACAGAUACAGUUCAGUGCUUUCCAGCAGUCAUUGGUGUCUUUAAGUGAAGCUUGAUAAAGAGUUAUCAUGUUUGCCCAUCAAAACUAUCACUUAUCAACAAAAUCAUCAUAUAAUGUAGGUUACGCCUGUUCUAGACCAAGGGACCCGUGGUUACAAAUAAUACUUUUGUAGUUCUGAGCAGCAAAUAUCCAGUCUCACAAAUAAGGUUUAGUAAAUGCAUUGAAGACCAGAGGAUAUUUCGGUUUGUUGCAUUGCCAUGAUAGAGGUUGCAGCACAUAUGCUACAGCAGGGAUGUCAAACUCACAAGCUUAUGCAGUGGUGUCCUAGAACUCUCAGCCAGGGUUUAUGGAGUGUUUUAGCUCCAGUUCACAGUAGCUGAAGAAAUUGUGCACCAAAAAUGCAAGUACAUUAUAUGAGCAGAUAAGUUCCAAAGCUUGAUGAUGGCAAUGCUUGCAAGCCAAGGAAUGCAUAAUGGAAGUAUAAUAACUUUUCGGCUAAGAUACACAUUAUUGACCCUGGGCCCCAAUGCUCACUGCCCUAAAGCCCCAUGCCCUAUAUUCUGAUCAGUUUCUUUUUGCCAUUAAGUUAAAAGAAUGCCCUUUGUUUAACAGACCAAAGUGAUUUGCAGGUUAGUGUGAAAGUGCCUUACCAGAGGGAGUAGCUGUAUAUAGUAGGCAUGGGAAAUUUGCUGAUCUUUAGUCACUGUGGACUACAGUUCAGAGCAUCCCAGCUGGGAAUUCUAGUCGAGCCACAAGAUUGACAGAUUUAGGUUGGCAUCUCUGUUCUAUCUUAGACAGUAGGGUUUUAUGAACAUUGACCUUACGGUAACACUGUCCCCAUUGCCUCCCUGGCAUUAUAUGUCUUUCAUUAACAUCAAGUGACAUAAUUGCCUCAGCACAGGUAGAUAUGUUGUCUUACAUAUAUACAAGAAUUCCGUCCUCUGGUCUAAUAUGCCUAAAACGGCUGAAGUAAGUAGUAUAUAAAAGAAAGUUUGUCUAGAUUAUGAUGGAGUUCAUCUAAGAUAUGCAGUUGCAAAGGAAGAGCAAGUCCAAUUGGAUAGUGUAGCAUAGACUAUGAGAAGUUCAGUGUUCAGUAUUGGUGGACCCUUCCAUCUGACCCAUAGAAAUCCAUAUUUUCAGACUUCAGACUUCAGACUUGAACCUCACACCCUUUGUCCCACUGCUUCAUUGUGGAAGCAGAGGUGAGAGUAAGAAAAUGUAGAAAGAAAAUGGAAGAAUAUUUAAUGGGAAGAAGAACUGAAA